UUUGACAGCGGGUAGUCUGCUUCUCCUGCCGGCUGGCUGUCUGACAGCGUUAGCUUUCGGUCUUUGUUCACCUUCACUCUCUUUUUUUUGUCACCGUCCACCCGUUUGCGGAAUGUCCGACGGGGGAGGGACGGAGGAAGGCACCGGCACCAUGGAGGUGUCGGCCGUUCAGACGGUGGCGGACACCUCGGUGCUGCAGAAGCACAUUAGGAAGCUGGUUCCUCUGCUGCUGGAAGAUGGCGGCGAGGCCCCGGCCUCCCUGGAAACCGCCCUGGAGGAGAAGAGCUCCGUGGAGCAAAUGAAGAAGUUUCUCUCCGACCCCCAGGUUCACACCGUCCUGGUGGAGAGAAGUUCACUCAAAGAGGAUGUUGGAGAUGAAGGGGAAGAGGAGAAGGAGAGCAUCGGCUACAAAAUCAGCAUCGACAUUCGCUACGGUCUCAAGUCCAACAGCUUGGCUCUGAUCAAAAGGACGGGCGUCAUCGAUGCAGAUAAGCCCAUAUCCACUCAGGUCCGGGUUCUAACCCUGAGCGAGGAUUCUCCCUACGAGACGCUCCACUCUUUCAUCAGCAACGCUGUUGCUCCUUUCUUCAAGUCCUACAUACGGGAGUCUGGCAAAGCAGACAGGGAUGGGGAUAAGAUGGCUCCAUCGGUGGAGAAAAAGAUUGCCGAGCUGGAGAUGGGCCUCCUCCACCUGCAGCAGAACAUCGAGAUUCCAGAAAUCAGCCUGCCCAUCCACCCCACUAUCACAAACAUCGCCAAGCAGUGCUACGAGCGAGGCGAGAAGCCAAAGGUCACCGACUUUGGAGAUAAAGUGGAAGAUCCCAGCUUCCUCAAUCAGCUGCAGUCUGGAGUGAACCGCUGGAUCAGAGAAAUCCAGAAGGUAACUAAACUGGAUCGGGAUCCGGCCUCAGGCACCGCCCUGCAGGAGAUCAGUUUCUGGCUCAACCUGGAGAGAGCUCUCAACAGGAUCCAGGAGAAGAGAGAAAGUCCAGAGGUUCUGCUGACGCUGGACAUCCUCAAACACGGAAAACGUUUCCACGCAACCGUCAGCUUUGAUACAGACACCGGUCUGAAACAAGCAGUGGAAACCGUGAACGACUACAACCCUUUGAUGAAAGACUUUCCCCUCAAUGACCUACUCGCUGCCUCGGAGCUCGAUAAGAUCCGCCAGGCACUCAUUGCCAUCUUCACCCACCUAAAGAAAAUAAGAAACACCAAGUAUCCCAUUCAAAGAGCACUGCGACUAGUGGAGGCCAUCUCCAGGGACCUGAGCUCCCAGCUACUCAAGGUUCUGGGAACCAGAAAGCUCAUGCAUGUUGCUUACGAGGAAUUUGAGAAGGUCAUGGUGGCUUGCUUUGAGGUGUUCCAGACCUGGGAGGAUGAGUACGAGAAGUUGCAAGUGCUUCUGAGGGACAUUGUGAAAAGGAAGCGUGAGGAGAACCUGAAGAUGGUGUGGCGCCUUAGCCCCGCCCACAGGAAGCUCCACUCUCGGCUGGAUCACAUGAGGCGCUUCAGGAGGCAGCACGAGCAGCUGAGAGCCGUGAUCGUCAGAGUGCUCCGUCCUCAGGUGUCUGCGGUGCCUCAGCACGCCCCGGGAGAAACCGUGGAGCCCGAGGAUAUGAAGGUAGCCGGAGUCCUCCUCGACGCUGCUGACGCUAACGCUAUCGAAGAGGUCAACCUGGCGUACGAGAACGUUAAAGAGGUUGACGGCUUGGACGUGUCCAAGGAAGGCAUGGAAGCCUGGGAAGCCGCCAUGAAGCGCUAUGACGAGCGCAUCGACCGCGUGGAGACCCGCAUCACCGCCCGGCUGCGCGACCAGCUGGGAACUGCCAAGAACGCCAACGAGAUGUUCCGCAUCUUCUCCCGCUUCAACGCGCUCUUUGUGCGCCCCCACAUCCGCGGGGCCAUCCGGGAGUACCAGACGCAGCUCAUUCAGCGCGUCAAAGACGACAUCGAGUCUCUGCACGACAAGUUCAAAGUUCAGUAUCCGCAGAGCCAGGCCUGCAAGAUGAGCCAUGUCCGCGACCUGCCUCCCGUGUCCGGCUCCAUCAUCUGGGCCAAGCAGAUCGACCGACAGCUGACUGCAUACAUGAAGAGGGUGGAGGACGUUCUGGGAAAAGGCUGGGAGAACCACGUGGAGGGGCUGAAGCUGAAACAGGAUGGAGAUAGCUUCAGGGCUAAGCUCAACACUCAGGAGAUAUUUGAUGACUGGGCUCGCAAGGUGCAGCAGCGUAAUCUGGGCGUCUCCGGCCGGAUCUUCACCAUCGAGAGCACCCGGGCCCGUGGGAGGUCUGGAAACAUACUCAAACUUAAAGUCAACUUCCUCCCUGAGAUCAUCACCUUGUCCAAAGAGGUCCGCAACCUGAAGUGGCUCAGCUUCCGUGUUCCCUUGGCCAUCGUCAACAAAGCCCACCAGGCUAACCAGCUCUACCCGUUCGCCAUCUCUUUGAUCGAGAGCGUCCGCACCUACGAGCGCACAUGUGAGAAAGUGGAGGAGAGGUCUUCCAUCUCCUUACUAGUGGCCGGCCUUAAGAAAGAGGUCCAGGCCCUCAUCACAGAGGGCAUCACUCUGGUCUGGGAAUCCUACAAGCUGGACCCGUAUGUCCAGAGACUGGCCGAGACGGUCUUUAACUUCCAGGAGAAGGUUGAUGACCUCCUGCUGAUCGAGGAGAAGAUCGAUCUGGAGGUCCGCUCUCUGGAGACCUGCAUGUUUGACCACAAAACCUUCUCUGACAUCCUCAACCGGGUCCAGAAAGCCGUGGAUGACCUCAACCUCCAUUCCUAUUCCAACCUUCCAAUUUGGGUCAAUAAGCUCGACAUCGAGAUCGAGCGAAUCCUUGGCGUGCGUCUCCAGGCUGGUCUGAAGGCCUGGACCCAGGUGCUCCGUGGCCAGGUAGAAGAUAAAGCUGAUGUGGACAUGGACACGGAGGCGCCGCAGGUCGGACAUAAGCCAGGAGGAGACCCCAAGAUCAAGAAUAUUGUCCAUGAGCUGAGGAUCACCAACCAGGUGAUUUAUUUGAAUCCUCCCAUUGAAGACUGCCGCUACAAGCUCUACCAGGAGAUGUUCGCCUGGAAGACUAUCAUCCUUUCUCUGCCCAGGAUUCAGAGCCAAAGAUACCAGGUGGGUGUCCACUAUGAGCUCUCAGAAGAGGAGAAGUUCUACAGAAACGCCCUGACUAGGAUGCCAGACGGUCCAGCAGCUUUGGAGGAAUCCUACAAUGCAGUGGAGGACAUAGUUGGUGAAGUGGAGCAGUAUGUGAAGGUGUGGCUGCAGUACCAGUGCCUUUGGGACAUGCAGGCUGAAAACAUCUACAACCGCCUCGGUGAAGACCUGACCAAGUGGCAGGCCCUCCUGGUCCAGAUCCGGAAAGCACGCGGAACCUUUGACAACGCCGAAACCCGUAAAGACUUUGGACCUGUGAUCAUAGACUAUGGCAAGGUCCAGUCUAAGGUCAACUUGAAGUACGACUCCUGGCACAAAGAGGUCCUCAGCAAGUUUGGUCAGAUGCUCGGCCAGAACAUGCAGGACUUCCAUUCCCAGAUCUCCAAGUCUCGACAAGAUCUCGAACAGCAUUCUGUGGACACGGCGAGCACUUCAGACGCCGUCAACUUCAUCACGUAUGUCCAGACCCUGAAACGCAAGAUCAAGCAGUUUGAGAAGAAUGUGGAGUUGUUCCGUAACGGACAGCGACUGUUGGAGAAACAGCGCUUCCAGUUCCCACCAUCUUGGCUCUACAUCGACAACAUCGAGGGUGAAUGGGGUGCGUUCAGCGACAUCAUGAAGCGCAAAGACACCGCUAUCCAGCAGCAGGUCGCCACCCUCCAGAUGAAAAUUGUCCAGGAGGACAAAGCUGUGGAGAACCGCACCACGGACCUCCUCAAUGACUGGGAGAAGACCAAACCUGUUGCCGGAAAUCUGCGUCCUGAAGAAGCCCUCCAGUCUCUGACCAUCUAUGAAGGGAACUUUGGCCGUCUUAAGGUGGAGCGGGAGAAGUGUGCUCGUGCCAAAGAGGCGCUGGAGCUCACAGAUACAGGACUUCUCAGCGGCAGCGAAGAGCGAGUGCAGGUGGCACUGGAGGAGCUGCACGACCUGAAAGAGGUGUGGUCAGAGCUGUCCAAGGUGUGGGAGCAGAUCGACCAAAUGAAAGAGCAGCCGUGGGUUUCUGUGCAGCCUCGCAAGCUUCGACAGAGUCUGGAUGGCCUCCUGAACCAGCUGAAGAACUUCCAGGCCCGACUGAGACAAUAUGCAUCUUAUGAAUUUGUCCAGAGGCUACUGAAGGGAUACCUGAAGGUCAACAUGUUGGUGAUCGAGCUGAAGUCGGAGGCUCUGAAGGAUCGGCACUGGAAGCAGCUGAUGAAGCGCCUGCAUGUGAACUGGGUGCUUUCGGAGCUGACACUGGGGCAGAUCUGGGAUGUGGAUCUGCAGAAAAACGAGAUGGUGGUGAAGGAUGUUCUCCUGGUGGCUCAGGGAGAGAUGGCUCUGGAGGAGUUCCUGAAACAGAUCCGUGAAGUCUGGAACUCAUAUGAACUGGACCUGGUGAACUAUCAGAACAAAUGCCGCCUGAUCAGAGGCUGGGACGACCUCUUCAACAAGGUCAAGGAACACAUCAACAGCGUGUCGGCCAUGAAGCUGUCUCCUUACUACAAGGUGUUUGAGGAAGAUGCUCUAAGCUGGGAGGACAAGCUCAACCGUAUCAUGGCUCUGUUUGACGUUUGGAUCGACGUCCAGAGGCGCUGGGUGUAUCUGGAAGGCAUCUUUACAGGCAGUGCCGACAUCAAACAUCUGUUGCCUGUAGAAACACAACGAUUCCAGAGCAUCAGCACAGAGUUUUUGGCCCUGAUGAAGAAGGUGACAAAGUCUCCUCUGGUGAUGGAUGUGCUGAACAUCCAGGGAGUGCAGAGGUCUCUGGAGAGACUGGCUGACCUGCUGGGAAAGAUCCAGAAAGCUCUGGGAGAAUACCUGGAGAGGGAGAGGUCUUCAUUCCCCAGGUUCUACUUCGUUGGAGACGAGGACCUGCUGGAGAUCAUAGGCAAUAGCAAGAACGUGGCCAAACUCCAGAAGCAUUUCAAGAAGAUGUUUGCCGGGGUCUCCAGCAUCCUGCUGAAUGAAGACAACACCGAGGUGCUGGGAAUCUCCUCCCGGGAGGGAGAGGAAGUGCUCUACAAGACACCGGUCUCCAUCACAGAGCAUCCAAAGAUCAACGAGUGGCUGACCCUGGUGGAGAAGGAGAUGAGAGUAACUCUGGCUAAGCUGCUCGCGGAGUCGGUCACCGAGGUCUCGGCCUUCAACAAGGGAACAGCCAUCGACCUGACGCAGUACAUCAACUGGAUUGAUCGUUACCAGGCCCAGCUGGUGGUCCUCUCCGCACAGAUUGCCUGGUCUGAGAACAUCGAGUCCGCCCUGACCACCAUCUCUGGUGGCGGCGACAUGUCCCCCAUGCAGGGAGUGCUGUCAAACGUGGAGGCCACCUUGAACGUGCUGGCCGACACUGUGCUGAUGGAGCAGCCUCCUAUCCGCAGGAGGAAGUUGGAGCACCUGAUCACGGAGCUGGUGCACCAGCGGGACGUCACGAGGACUCUGAUCAAGAACAAGAUCGACAACCCCAAGUCCUUCGAGUGGCUCAGCCAGAUGCGUUUCUACUUCGACCCCAAGCAGACGGACGUCCUGCAGCAGCUGUCCAUUCAGAUGGCCAACGCCAAGUUCAACUACGGCUUCGAGUACCUGGGCGUUCAGGACAAACUGGUUCAGACGCCACUGACAGACCGCUGCUAUCUGACCAUGACCCAGGCUCUGGAGGCUCGUCUUGGUGGAUCACCUUUUGGUCCUGCCGGAACGGGAAAGACGGAGUCUGUGAAAGCCCUCGGACACCAGCUCGGACGCUUCGUCCUGGUCUUCAACUGUGAUGAAACCUUCGAUUUCCAGGCCAUGGGUCGCAUCUUCGUGGGCCUGUGUCAGGUGGGAGCCUGGGGCUGCUUCGACGAGUUCAACCGUCUGGAGGAGAGAAUGCUGUCAGCCGUCUCCCAGCAGGUCCAGUACAUCCAGGUGGCGCUGAGGGAGCACAGCAACCCCAACAGAGACAGGAGCGUGCCCGUCACAACGGAGCUCCUGAACAAACAGGUGAAGGUGAGCCCCGACAUGGCCAUCUUCAUCACCAUGAACCCUGGCUACGCCGGCCGCUCCAACCUGCCCGACAACCUGAAGAAGCUGUUCCGCAGCUUGGCCAUGACGAAGCCUGACCGGCAGCUCAUCGCUCAGGUCAUGCUCUACUCUCAGGGCUUCCGGACAGCGGAGACGCUCGCCAAGAAGAUCGUACCCUUCUUUAAGCUGUGUGACGAGCAGCUGUCAUCUCAGAGCCACUAUGACUUCGGCCUCCGCGCCCUGAAGAGCGUGCUGAUCAGCGCCGGUAACGUGAAGCGUGAGCGCAUCCAGAGGAUCAAGAGGGAGAAGCUGGAGCGCGGCGAGGACGUGGACGAGAAUGAAAUAGCAGAGAACCUUCCAGAACAAGAGAUCCUGAUCCAGAGCGUGUGUGAGACCAUGGUGCCUAAGCUGGUGGCGGAGGACAUCCCUCUUCUCUUCAGCCUGCUGUCUGAUGUCUUCCCUGGAGUUCAGUACCAGCGAGGAGAGAUGACGGCUCUGAGGGAGGAGCUCAAGAAGGUCUGCAGCGAAAUGUACCUCACCUAUGGAGACGGCGACGAUGUUGGCAGCAUGUGGGUGGAGAAGGUGCUCCAGCUCUACCAGAUCACUCAGAUCAACCACGGUCUGAUGAUGGUGGGUCCUUCUGGAAGUGGGAAGACCAUGGCGUGGAGGGUGCUCCUCAAAGCACUGGAACGGCUGGAGGGUGUCGAGGGCGUGGCUCACAUCAUUGACCCCAAGGCCAUCAUCAAGGACCAUCUGUACGGAACUUUAGACCCAAACACCCGCGAGUGGACCGACGGCUUGUUCACACACAUCCUCAGGAAGAUCAUCGACAACGUCCGAGGAGAGCUGCAGAAGCGCCAGUGGAUCAUCUUCGACGGCGACGUCGACCCAGAGUGGGUGGAGAAUCUGAACUCUGUGCUCGACGACAACAAGCUGCUGACGCUGCCCAAUGGAGAGCGUCUGAGCUUACCGCCAAACGUGCGUGUCAUGUUUGAGGUGCAGGACCUGAAGUAUGCGACACUCGCCACCGUGUCUCGCUGCGGCAUGGUCUGGUUCAGCGAAGACGUCCUGAGCACCGACAUGAUCUUCAACAACUUCCUGGCUCGCAUUCGCAGCAUCCCGCUGGACGAAGGGGAGGAUGAAGCUCAGCGCAAGAGGAAAGGCACCGAGGAUGAGGAGGAGACAGCCUCGCCGAUGCUGCAGAUCCAGAGGGACGCCGCAGCGAUCCUGCAGCCGUACUUCACCUCCACAGGCCUGGUGAUUAAAGCCUUGGAGCACGCAUCCAAAAUGGAGCACAUCAUGGACUUCACCCGCCUGCGCUGCCUGGGCUCCCUGUUCUCAAUGCUGCACCAAGCCUGCCGUAAUGUGGCUCAGUACAACAACAACCACCCAGACUUCCCCAUGCCCAUCGAUCAGCUGGAGAGAUACAUGCAGAGGUAUUUGAUCUACGCCGUCCUCUGGUCCUUCUCCGGCGACGGCCGUCUGAAAAUGAGGGCCGAGCUCGGAGAGUACAUCCGACGCAUCACCACUGUGCCCCUCCCCUCUGCUCCCAAUGUUCCCAUCAUAGACUACGAGGUUUGCAUCUCUGGGGAGUGGCAGUCCUGGCAGGGCAAAGUGCCCCAGAUCGAGGUGGAAACUCACAAGGUGGCGUCUCCUGAUGUUGUCGUUCCAACGCUGGACACGGUUCGCCAUGAGGCUCUGCUUUACACCUGGCUAGCAGAACACAAGCCGCUGGUCCUGUGCGGACCUCCUGGUUCUGGAAAGACCAUGACGUUGUUCAGCGCUCUCAGGGCUCUGCCUGACAUGGAGGUGGUCGGUCUGAACUUCUCCAGCGCCACCACCCCCGAACUCCUGCUGAAGACCUUCGACCAUUACUGCGAGUACCGCCGGACCCCCAACGGGGUGGUGCUCGCCCCCGUGCAGCUGGGCAAGUGGCUGGUGUUGUUCUGUGACGAGAUCAAUCUGCCAGACAUGGACAAGUACGGCACACAGAGGGUCAUCUCCUUCCUCAGACAGAUGGUGGAACAUGGAGGCUUCUACCGUACCUCAGACCAGACCUGGGUUAAACUGGAAAGGAUUCAGUUUGUUGGAGCCUGUAAUCCUCCCACUGAUCCCGGCAGAAAGCCUCUCACCCACAGGUUCCUGCGUCACGUUCCGGUGGUGUACGUGGACUACCCAGGCCCCGCCUCGCUGACACAGAUCUAUGGAACCUUCAACCGUGCGAUGCUGCGCCUCAUCCCGUCUCUGCGAACCUACGCUGAGCCUCUGACUGCUGCGAUGGUCGAGUUCUACACAAUGUCUCAGGAGCGGUUUACCCAGGACAUCCAGCCCCACUACAUCUACUCUCCCAGAGAGAUGACCCGCUGGGUCAGGGGUAUCUUUGAGGCCCUGCGGCCGCUAGAAACCCUCCCUGUGGAAGGACUCAUCCGUAUCUGGGCUCACGAGGCGCUCCGUCUUUUCCAGGACAGGCUUGUAGGUGAUGAAGAGAGACGGUGGACGGAUGAAAACAUCGACAUGGUGGCUCUGAAGCACUUCCCCAACAUCGAUAAGGAGAAGGCUGUGAACAGACCCAUCCUCUACAGCAACUGGCUCUCCAAGGAUUACAUCCCAGUUGAGCAGGAGGAACUGAGGGACUACGUGAAAGCCCGUCUAAAGGUCUUCUACGAGGAGGAGUUGGACGUCCCCCUGGUGCUCUUCAACGAGGUCCUGGACCACGUCCUUAGAAUCGACCGGUGAGGCUCCUAAGUUUGUU